CUCAUUCACGCACUGGAAACCCCCUCUCUCUCUUUAAGCACUUCAUUUACUCCACCAGUCUCUCUCUCUCUAGAAAACAACCAAAAGGACAGUCUUAAGAGCACAGCGCACACACACAAAGCCCAAAGGGCUCUCCCCUUUCUUUCUUGCUAAGCAUUUUUUCAAAACAAACACACAGAGAUAAAGCUCGAGUCUUUGUUAGGAUAAUCGAUAGAAUUGAUGGCGGAGAUACAGCCACCGGAGAUCAACGGCGGGCAAUUCAUGAUGGGUUCGUCGGAGACGGUGGGGGCGAAGCGGCAGCGGAGGCCCAGCGUCCGAUUGGGCGAGAUCGGAGGAGACCAGCCGUACGAUUCGAACCCGCGGCGGGCGACGAAGCAGUGGAGGCUACCUCCGAUGGACCACCACCACCACCGGAACAAGGAGUCGAGUAAGUCGUCAAAGACUCGGCCUUUGGUGAAUUUGAGCUCCGGCGGGGAGUUCGAUGAAACCCUAGAGCGGGAGGAGAGAGAGGGCAACCUCGAUAGUGUCGCCAUUGGGAGCUGGAAGGUGAAAGAGACCAAGAAAAGAGCUUCGAGCGCCACGAAGAGGGUCAGAUCCAAUUGGGUCGCGGCCAAGAUUGACGAGGGCGGCGGCGGCGGCGGCGAUGAGAAGUUCAGCGGCGGCGAGGAUGGGGAAGAUGGGUACCGGGAAUUCGAACCCGAAGAGUCGGAAAGCCCCUUGAAAGAGCAGAGCCCAAUUCAUUCCUCGGAGAAUUUGGAAAGAGAGGUGCUUUACCAUGGGAAUAGGAGACCAAUUAGGACUAGGGUUUUGGAUCAUGAUGGUGUUGAGCUAUCCGGGCCGUCGGAGAAUGAUGCCAGGGAGUGGAAUGGGAGAGGGACUAGUGGGGACAGGAAUGGGAAUGAAGGGAGAGUGAGGUGUGGGGAAGAUGGGGUUAGGGUUUGGCUCAAUGGCUUAGGGUUGAGUCGGUAUGCCCCAGUGUUCGAAAUUCAUGAGGUGGAUGAUGAAGUGUUGCCAAUGCUAACUUUGGAGGACCUCAAGGACAUGGGGAUAAAUGCGGUCGGGUCCAGAAGGAAAAUGUACUGUGCUAUUCAGAAGCUUGGAAAGGGUUUUUCUUGAGGUUUUGUUUUUGACUCUUGGUGAUUGAAAAACCAAAGAUAACAAAUCCUCAGCCAUGGCAAUAGUGAAGUUAUCUUGAAAGCAAGGAACUGACUUUGGAAAUCCAAUUUGGUUUGUUGUGGCUAGCAGAGGGAAAGCCAGAUAGUUGAGAUCAGGUGUUUCAGUGAGGAAUUUAACACUAGAUCAUCAGGUGUUUCCUUGAGGGAAUUUAACGGUAGAGCGGAUGUAAUCUCAACACAGUGUCCAUGUGAAAGCCGGGUGGGAUCAUAUCGAGUCUUAGUUUUAAGGGGGUCGAUUCUGAGUUGCAGAUGGUGCAAUUUUGCAUUCUAGUUCGGGCAAGUAUGUGUGAUUCAUAUGAGAUUGUGAACUGGAUCGCUCAACCAAUGGAUUCCAGUAUGGCAAGAGUAUUAUUUAUGCGUCUCUUGUUGUAUCUUGUGUGGAUGCUCUAUGUCUAGUAUCAGGAGUACAGUUCAAGCAGUGUAAUGUUGCCCUCUUGUUGUACAUGUAAAACUCUUCACUGCUUAUUACCAUAAAUUUUGAAGCAGGCUCAUUGCUUCCUUACUAUUAUUUUCA